AUGUCUGCCAUGCAAUGGACUACUUAAAAGCAUCAGCAAUGCAGUCGGGAGACGUGUUAGGGAAGAGACAACAAAUGUCGCCUCCCCCCACUAUGCUGAUAAAGGACCACAUGGUGUCAAACAGGGCAGCUCAUAUCUUCACCCCUCAAGAGAUAACCCCGUUACAGUUAAACCCCGACACGCUGAAGCAACAGCAGGACGCUCACAUGUUGCAGAAGGAGAAGAGUAUUUUAAAGGAGCAGCAGCGCCAUCCGGCGGUGAAAUAUACAGGGUCCGGGACACCGAAACAGUCUCCGCAUCCCCAAGGGAAGAGUCCGCCUAAACCUGAGCCUUCUGCAGAUCAGCAGCCAGCUGCGGAGGAAGUAAAGAUAAGCCACGAGGAGACAACCCAGAGACUCCGGCAGUUCAUUAAGAAGAGGACCGUUAACGAGGCCUUCAACUCCACCGCAGACAAGUCCGCUGCUUCAUAUCAACCCUGGAUACCGUCAGUAAGCAACUUGAGGAAAGCUACGUCAGAGCCCAAUAUAAAAGCCAAAGCAAGACACCCUCGCCAGAAACUCCCUGCUUUUAACAGAUCAGCUACUUUUUCAACCGCUUACUCGCCCAGAAAGGAACUCCAUCCCGCUCUAAGAGCCAGAGCUCCGUCCAUGACGGACGAAGCCAACCAUAAUUCUAAACACGAUUGUUCUCCGCCCUUCAAGUUUCCGAAGCUGGAGUCAAACUUCUUCAAGUCCCUGCCAAACAUGAAAAACAUAUCCAGUUCAGAUAUAGCCGACAAAGCUAAAAUGCAAAUAUCCACCGACGACUCUGCCCUGAGGUCACACCCAUCGCUGAAAGACGCAACAAUGGAAUCUAUGAGCGGGUCAUCUCUUACUACCUUUUACCCCAGCCUUGCUAAACUUAUAAAUGGCGAUAUGACAGAAAGAACAAAACAGGAUAUAUGGAGGGGGCAGGAACUGAUGAAAGGACUACGAAUGCCCGAACCGAGUAUUUUGAGUUCAUUCUCUCCGGCAGCUAGGCCUCUCUUUCCUAAUGGCUCCCUGUUAUCAACCCCACCUGAAAGAUUGGACUUGUCAUCCAAAAAUAUCCUCGAAUAUGCUCAGAGCCAACUGAUUCAAAUGCAGCAACUAUCACAAGAGCAGGAGGAGAUUAAGGAGCAGCAGAAAGUACUGAUGCAGCAACAAGAGCGUAUCCUGAAGGAGCAGGACGCACUUCGUCAGCGAGAAGUUUUCAUACGCAAGAUAUUCUAUGAUGCCUCAGCAAACAUGGCUGUUGCAGAUCACAUGGUCAGUGCCAUGAUCAAUCAAAGCCAUGUUAUGAGCAGCCCUCUGAGCAUGUCUGUACCAGAUUUCUAUUCCUCCACGAAACACGCCGAGAUGCUUUUGAAGAAAGCUCAAGAACAGCAACUUGCUGUUAGCCAGGCUGAGCAGCUGUUACUCUUACAGCGAUCCGCCGGAAACUUAAAACUUAAUUCCGCAUUUGGGCAUUACAACCCUGGCACCAGAAAUAGCAUAAGUUCCCAGUCAGCCCCCAAUGUACAGUCCCUCGCCGCGGAGAUGGUCACGGACCCUCCCCCUCUGUCGGGACGGACUGGUAUUAUCUACGACAGCAUCAUGUUGAAGCACAUCUGUACCUGCUCCAAUCCCGUGGUUCACAAGGAAAGUCCGGGUAGAUUGAGCAGCAUUUGGGCUCGUCUUACGGAGACGGGUGUAGCUAACAGAUGCGCGCGUCUCAAGUCUCGCAAAGCGACAAAUGACGAGCUGGAGCUGAUCCACAGUCCUGAACAUGUCUGUAAAUAUGGUGGAAUGAGAAGCAAGACUUCGCCAGAUGUAGACGGUGAAGACUUUGUCAAGCUGAAAUGUGGUGGUAUCGGAAAGGAUGAGCAGACCAUCUGGAAUGACCUUUGCUCGGCACAAGCCGCUCGAAUCGCUGCUGGAUCAGUGCUGGAGUUGGCAACCAAGGUUGCAAUGGGCGAGCUGAAGAACGCGUUUGCACUGGUGCGCCCACCGGGUCACAUGGCAGAGCGAAGUGAGGCUAAAGUUGGUUGUUACUUCAACAAUGUGGCUAUCGCUGCCAAGUACCUCACCACUCAGAAACUUUCUAACAGAGUCCUCAUAGUAGAUUGGGAUUUGGAGCACGGUAACGGAUUGCAGCAAGCAUUCUACAACGACCCUAACGUACUGGUGAUAAACAUUCACCGCUACGAUAACGGCACAUUUUUCCCCCGAACGGGGCACGCCACCUGCGAAGGAGCAGGCGAGGGGAAAGGGUUCAACAUCAACAUUCCUUUCUCUGGGUCUGGUCAGGCCGAGUAUGGUGAUCCUGAGUACCUCGCAGCGUUCAGAUGUGUGAUAAAGCCGGUAGCGGAACAGUUUUGCCCAGACAUUGUGUUGAUAGCAGCUGGCUACAAUGCUAUGAGUGGGCACGAUAGCUACAACGUAACCGCAGAGUGUUUCGCCUUCAUGACCCAAGAGCUGGGCCGCCUCGCAGAGGGACGGAUAAUGAUUGCUCUGGAGGGGGGAUACAACCUGGUGUCCCUUUCUCAGGCGUGUGAGAUGUGCAUCAGAUCUCUUCUAGGAGAACAGAUAACCCACCUGCCAGCAAAAAGUUUGAAGUGUGCUCCAAAUACAUUUGCCGUGAAGGCUAUCGAAGAGUGUAUUACCAUCCACAGGAAGUACUACCAGUUCGCCCCCUACCUCAAUCACAUCUCCCUGAGCGUUUACGAUGCAGUCAAGCGAGACCAGGAAGAGGUUGACACUAUUACCGCACUUGCGUCCCUUAGCAUGCAACACCCCAAUAACUUUAAUGCCGCCGCCGCCGCCAACGGAUCAGCUCUUCUUCAAAAUCGAUCUGUCUGAGGUUUAAUGACGACAUCACCAAAAUCUUUCAAUAAUCCGAACUAGCUUACGCUGAAAGUUCUAACAUCACUGUUGUCGCUCAAGGAAUCAGGUGUGAGGAACCACGGGCGAGGAGUAACGCGUGAGCUGCGUGAGAAGUAACGCGUGAGCUGCGUGAGAAGUAACGCGUGAUAUUGCUACCCAGACUCUGUAGGCACGCGCCCGUGAUAUGUAAUACGAUUUUUUGUUGUUGAUGUAUUUUGACUUUUAUUAUGUAACCUGCCUACCAUUCGAGCUAGACUCAAUAAUUUGUAAUUUGAAGUGCUGGACGCGCACUAAAGAAUCAACACGUGCAUAUAAUAUCGCUUUUUAUCAUGUUUUAUUGCUAAAUUUUAACCCUUUGUUGAGUUUGGUGGUCACACGUUGAAGUCGAAACAAACACGCAUACUUCGCACAUUAUUUUAAUGAUAAAUAGCUGAUUGCAAUGCCAUUAAAUGGUGUUUAUUGUUAAUGUCGGGUUCAUUUAGCCGUUCAAAUUUUUAAUACAUCAUGAUUUGUAGUGAAAAUUAUUUUCAAGAAAAAGAUUACUAUCAUCAUUAUAUCAGCUCCAAUUUAUUGCUUUCGGCUAUUAGUUUUAUAUGAUUGGAAAUAGAAGAUUUGGUUUGCAGAGUUGUUUUUAAAAUGUGCUAUGCCAUCCACAAUUACAUUAACAAAACUUCCUGAAAUUUCUUUUCGACUAAGCUGUGUUACCAAAUUUUUACCACUAAUUUCUUCCACCACAAAGAAAAAUCAAUGGAAAUGUAGAUGAAUUGGCCCAUUUUCAGUGCGUUGGUUACACAAUAAGAAUUUUUUAUUUGGUUAAAAUUUCUCAACCAGGUCUAAUUGUUCAGUGAACAAGGCCUAGUUGUAGUUUUUGUCACUAACAACUUCACAUUUAACGCUGUCACUUUAUUCAAUCCUUAUGACUAUCACCAUCAGUUUAUUAGUAUCACAAACGCUCAUAAAUUGAAUUGCUUCACUAUCAAUUAUCUUUCUUAAAUUAUUCCAUGGAUUAACAUAAUGUUAUUUUAUUUUCAAGUUAAAUUAUAUGGUUCGUAUCUGCUGGCAUCUGAGUCGCGCGGGUUGGCAAGGAUGUGACUGAAUUAAUCAAUUUUACACUGGUAACUAAAAUCUUGUUUCCAUUUAUCCCUUUGAACAGCAAUUCUCCAACCAGUAAGAGCAGCUGUAUCAAGGCUUGCCUAUAGGAAGUUCAUCAUAAAUUCCGACCAAAGAUUAAGACUAUAUUCACUCGGGUAUGCAUCUUGAAACCUAAUAUGCGCAUUCCUAAGAUCCGUUCUUGUCCCACCCAGUUUGUUGCAAGUUGUGUAAAUACUGCUGCUGUGUAGAAGAGGGUGCUUUUAUUGUUUAAGGAAGAAUAAUAUUUAAAGUAGACUUUUACACGUUCAUGUCAGUCAAAUUCAUCUUUGUUAAAAUUCGCAGAUGUAUUUUUCCUAAGCUGACUCAACCAUAUUAUUCAAAAUUCUGUUAUAGGAAAUUGAUUGAAUAUUGCAAAUAUUCUGCAUACCUUUUGAUCUUUAACAUUUAA